AUGCCAUCCGCUACAACUCCUCGCGAAAUGGUCCACAAAAAUGGUGUAAACCAAAAUUUGUCGAUACUGAACGAGCAGCCUUUGCUUUUGGAGGGUCCGGACCUUCUUCACCAACUAGUUCCGCGACUGCAUCACGACGCCAACGCCAUCGAUUUCCUGGAACACGGAUCGAAAAGGCGAAAGUUUUCCUACACAACACUUCACUCCUUGAGUGAUGCCUUCUCCGCCAGAAUCACAGAAAUUCUGGGCAAGCUCGAGAGUGCUUCGUCCAUUAUUCCGGUGUUUCUACCGCAGUCCCCAGAGCUUUACGUAGUUCUACUGGCUAUUCUAAAGGCAGGGAAGGCCUUUUGUCCACUCAACCUCGAUACACCAACAGAAAGACUAAAAUUCAUUCUUAAGGAUGUUUCAGCUGAUAUUAUAAUCACACUCGAAUCCUACAGCGAACAUAUUCGCACAGCCACCAACAUCCAUAUUAUAUCAGCAGAUCGCGAACUUUCUGGUUGCCAUAACACCAUCUAUUAUGACUCGCCUCAGCCAAGCCCUGAUGAUCUUGCAUAUGUGCUGUACACAUCGGGAUCCACUGGGUUGCCCAAGGCAGUGAGCGUGUCUCACCGCGCCGUCACUCAAAGCUUGCUCGCUCACGACCGUCACAUUCCCGCCUUUUCUCGUUUUCUUCAGUUUGCUGCCCCUACUUUCGACGUCUCCAUAUUUGAGAUAUUCUUUCCAUGGUUUCGAGGCAAAACUUUGGUUGGCUGCACACGCACACAAAUGCUUGAUGACCUUCCAGGGACUAUAGACAACCUCGACGCGGACGCCGCUGAACUCACACCAACGGUCGUGUGUAAUCUUCUAUCCGGUCGCUCGAGUGUGCCUGGUCUAAAGUUGCUCCUCACUAUUGGCGAGAUGCUCACCCAACCCGUCAUCGAUGAGUUUGGUGGCGAUGCGACCAAAGAGAGUAUAUUGUGGGCUAUGUAUGGUCCAACAGAAGCCGCAAUUCAUUGCACCAUAUGGCCACAGUUUUCAACGUCCGAUUCAACCAGCACAAUAGGCCACCCACUAGAUACUGUUUCUGCUUUCAUCCUUGCACCUUCUACAGAACUACACACCCCACUCACUGAUAUACUUCCGAUCGGGCAUGUAGGUGAACUUGCGAUAGGAGGCCCUCAGGUUGCCAAAGAAUACCUCAAUCGGCCAGACCUUACACAUGCAUCCUUCAUUGAGCAUCCAGACUACGGUCGCCUCUACAGAACCGGUGAUCGAGCAAAGAUCAAUGAACAAGGAUUACUGGAGUGUCUGGGACGCGUCGUGUCUGGUCAAGUAAAACUCAGGGGUCAACGGAUCGAAUUGGGUGAAAUUGAGCAAGCCAUCAUGAAGACAAGAGGGUGUCGUGCAGCCACUGCAAUGGUUAUACAAGAAAAUUUAGUCGCCUUUUGCAGUGGCAGGAAUGGAAUGUCACGCGAAGCUGUGUUGACGACCUGUAAGCACUGGUUAACUGCAUCUAUGAUACCAUCGGAUAUAAUUGUCAUCGACGUAAUGCCACAACUACCAUCGGGUAAAAUCGAUAGGAACUCUCUCGAGAAUGACUAUCUAUAUUCACACUCCGAUGGGACGCCAUCGUCUCUUGCUGCCAGCCUGAAAGACGCAGUGAGUCACUCGGUUUGGAGUGUCGUCAGCCAUUACACCACGCAGAGUGUCGGAUUGGAAACCAACCUUACAUCCAUCGGAAUUGACUCUCUCAAAUCGAUCCGCAUUGCAUCUGCGUUGCGAAGAGAAGGAUACUCUCUAGGAGCGAUCGAAGUGCUAUCUGCUGCGACCCUUACAGACCUCAUUGAAGUCUGUAGGGAAUCCAAACCGGUUAGUUUUCAAUCUGGUGACAAGAAAAUUAAGCCCGAAGCUUUCAUUGAUACGAAAAACUUUCAACUAAAUGGCUGGCGCCAUGAUGUCGCUUGCAUAAUUCCAUGUACUCCAUUGCAGGAAGCCAUGCUGGCAGAAACGAGAUCGAAGCCCACGGCGUACUGCAACUGGGUCGAGGUCGAGCUUUCAAGUUAUUACACCUAUGAGCAGAUUCAGGAUGCUCUGUUAUUUCUGGCCCAUGAGAAUGAGAUACUGCGAACCGGUUUCUGCGUCGACUCUCAGCAUACGACAGUGUUCUCACAAAUAAUUUGGAAGGAGCUCUCGCUUUCUCAAAUCCAGAAAAAAGCCAGCUUCUCUAAACAGUAUUCGAUCCAAUCUGACCAUGAUUUUCUCCGACCGUUCGGCGUCCAGGUCAAGACUCAUAGCGAACUCCCCCGCCUGCUCUUCCAAAUACAUCAUGCUCUAUAUGAUGGUUGGUCUUUGGACUUGCUACUCCGUGAUCUUGAUCACUGUCUUCGUGGAAAGCAGGACCUGAAGAGGCCAUCAUUUCGGGAAGUUGUGCGUUACUUCGAUGAUGACCAACGGCUCAACAACAUCCAAACCUCUACAAACUACUGGAAAAGCCUUCUUGGUGACUAUAUCCCAACGACUCUGCCAAACUACCAUGGGAAGCUGGUCCAUAACACAAGCAUACAUCGAUUUUCUGGACAAUCAUGUGUCAGGCGGCACAGGCUUUCUGAGUGCGCUCACCAAUCAGCUGUCAACCCACAAGUCUACUUCCAGGCUGCCACUGCGUUCGUGCUUAGUCUUUACAGUGGCUCCAGUGAUGUGGUAUUAGGCAACGUAACUUCUGGGCGUACAAUCCCUGUAGCUGGCAUAGAAGAUAUUGUCGGCCCUUGCAUCGCUUCCCUCCCAUUCCGUAUCGAUUUCGCAGACGCUUAUCGCGUUUGUGACGUCUUGAAAAGAACUCAAUCAAUAAACAGAGACAGUCUACGUUAUAGUCAGCUUCCACUACGCGAGAUAGCAAGGGCUGUUAAUGUCAAGCCUGGAGCGCGAUUGUUUGAAACUUUGUUUGUGUGGCAACAGUCAAUGGUCUCGGAUGACAACACAUCGUUGAUCGCCAGAAUUGUCGAUAGCGCAGACGAACUGGAGUUCCGAAUAACUUUAGAGUUUGAACCAGUGGGAGACAAUAUCUUGUUCCGGAGCACAUUCGACGCCGCAACUGUAUCAGACCGUCAGAUUGAGUACCUGUUUCGGCAAAUCGAUGAAGUGGUGGAGAUGUUCAUGGCAGAUGCCGAUUGUAACAUACGUGCGAUGAACCAAUGCUUUACCACGCCAUCCUUAUCUAUUGCCAACCCCACCCCUCUGGAGCAUCGCUUUGAUCAUGGCCCUUCUUAUGCUGUAGAGCAAUGGGCGGCUACUGAUCCACACCGAACAGCUAUAAUAUUCGGCCACGAAGUCAAUGGGUCAAUGAAGGUUAAAGACACAAUGACUUACAGCAUGUUGAACUCACGUGCUAACCAGUUGGCUCGUCUUCUUGCAGAACAUGGCGUAGCAAAUGACCAGCUCGUGUGUAUUAUCAUGGAGAAGUCAGUCAAUCUCUAUACUUCUAUCCUUGCUGUACUCAAGCUCGGCUGUGGCUACCUACCGCUCGUUCCUGAUACCCCAAUCGAUAGAGUGAAGACCAUCCUGAACGAUGCUCGGAUUGAGUUGUGCGUUUCAGAAUCGUCACUGUCAGCUACCUUACGCUCAGAUCUCUUAGUUGAUGUUAUAGACUUUGACCUCGCUACGCUCUCUGAUCACUGCGAUCGAAACUUGGAAACACCAUACAAUGGCCAGCAUCUUGCUUACGCGGUCUUCACUUCUGGAAGUACAGGAACACCCAAAGGCGUUCUUGUGACGCAGGAUAACCUUAUGAGUAACCUGCAGUACCUUUCAACUGUUUACCCCUUUUCUGCCGACUCGCGUAUGCUGCAGGCAUGUUCACAAGCCUUCGACGUUAGCGUCUUCGAGAUAUUCUUCACUUGGUAUGUCGGCAUAUGCCUAUGCUCGGCGACAAAAGAACAUCUCUUUCGCGACUUCGAGGCUGCCAUCAACCAAAUGAAAGUUACGCAUCUUAGUCUUACACCGACAGUUGCUGCGCUUGUGGACCCGAAAAAUGUUCCCAAAGUCGAAUUUUUAGUAACAGCAGGAGAGGCAGUGACUGAACAUGUGCGCAGGAAAUGGGCAGGUCGAGGGUUGUACCAAGGCUAUGGACCGUCGGAGACUACAAACAUAUGUACUGUUCGAGUUGCAGUCACUCCAGAUGAUCUAAUCAACAACAUUGGUAGUCCCUUUUCCAACACCUCGGCACUUGUGCUCGAUCCCGAAAGUCAGGACAUACUUCCACGAGGUGCUGUUGGAGAACUUUGUUUCGGUGGCUCACAGGUGUUCCGCGGCUACCUCAACCGACCAGAACUCAACGCCCAAAAAAUUAUUCACCAUCCCACGUACGGCAGGAUAUACCGAUCUGGCGACAUGGGAAUACUUCUUCCAGAUGAUAGCAUUCUCUCUACAGGACGUACGGAUGAUCAAGUGAAAAUUCGUGGCCAGCGGGUUGAGUUAGGGGAAAUAACAUCUGUCAUACUUGAUCAUGAUACUGUUUGGGAUUGUGUCACCCUCGCUUUAGAACAGACCAACAACUCGAAAACGCUUGUUAGUUUCUGGGUACCAACGGAAGAUUCGUCAAGCUGCGUCGAAAGUUUAGAGCCUUCCAAAUUUGCACCCACAAUUUCGGAAUUAUUCGACCUGUUGUCCCGACGAGUGCCAUCCUAUAUGGUCCCAUCUCAUCUCAUUCCGAUAUCUUGCCUACCGAUGACCCCGCAGGCAAAGAUUGACAAGCGAUUCUUGCAGCGAUUAUUCUCCAGUUUUGAAGAACAUACCCUGAACAACGCCACACAUUCUAAUAGUAUCGCGGAGACAGAAGAGGGAGAGCUAUUGUCACAAUGGGAAAGGGACGUCUCUCAACUCUUGAUCCGAACGCUUGCUAUUUCUUCAGACAAACUUAAGCGGACCUCAUCAUUCUUUAAUCUAGGCCUAGACUCUGUAUCAGCUAUACGUUUCUGUAGCGAGCUACGAAAGGCAGGGCUUGGUGACUAUUCUAUAUCCGAAGUUCUCAAGCACCCAUCCGUUGCUGGUUUGGCAUCUUUGGAGAAGUCGCAAUCAUCUACAACAACACAGGCCAAGAUACUAUCGAUAGACGCACCCGAUAUCUUUACCAUGGACCAACUCCAAAGAAUUCGCUCGAUCGUUGAGAAAAACGGAUUCGGAGUGGCGAAAAUACUUCCUUGUACGCCACUCCAAGAAGCCAUGAUAUCGAGUGGUUUCACUUCAUCGGGGCAGGCAUAUUGUAAUGUCAUGGUUUUCGAUAUCAAGGGAGAUAUCUACCAGCUACAAAGGUGCUGGGAGACUGUGAUCCAGCGGCACGAUAUUCUUCGAACUUCGUUCGUUGCAACGGAGGAUCCAUCUUACUCAUUUGCUCAAGUCAUUGUAGAAGAGUAUGACAUGGGUUGGCACGAGGACAGUCUGGACAGCAACCUCCAAUUACGCAUCAGUAAGAUCCUGUCUGAUCUCAUGGAAGCCAACAAACCUCCAGUGUACUUUUCUCUAGUCCGAGAAGAAGAUUCCACAAAGUUGCUCUUUUGCUGUCAUCAUGCCCUCUACGAUGGUAUAGCUGUGUCCACACUCCUUGCAGAAGUCCAGGAACUAUAUCAUGGCCGCCGGCUAUUACCGCCCGUUUCAUACGAGGUUUACCUGAAGCGCAUAGUUGAGCAGAACUUGGAUGAGGCUGACAAGUAUUGGUCUGCUUUAUUGGAAGGCUUUGAGCCCACGUCGUUCCCCGCUCUCACUGGGAAGAGAGUCCAAAAGUAUGAAGCUUUUAAGUCUUCGUCAAGACGUCUCAGCGUAUCACUCGAGAGCGUACGAAAAGCAUGCCGAGACAGCUCAGUGUCACUUUUGUCCGUUGUGCAUGCUGCAUGGGCAAAACUACUCCACUUUUAUACUCAUGAAAACGAUGUCUGUUUCGGCAACAUAGUAAGUGGUCGCAGCUUUCCAGGAGAGGAUCUCGAACGCUUGGUCGCACCUUGCUUCAACUCUCUACCCGUCCGUGGCGAUUUUGACUUUAGCAAAAGCAAUCGCGCCUUGGUGGACCUGAUGCACAACCAAAGCAUCGAGUCGCUCGCUUACCAAUUAACCCCACUCCGUAGGAUACAGAAGACUAUACUCGAGGAUGGUAGGCGUCUAUUUGACUCCCUUGUGAUCCUUCAGCAGCCCAAUGUGCCUUUGGAUAGCACCAUUUGGAGACUUGAGCAAGACUCGGGUGACAUGGACAUACCUAUCGUAUGCGAAGUCGUCCAGGACCAGGUUGACGAUACUCUCAGACUAUUAUUGCACUACAACAAUUCGAUAAUAUCCGAACCAGAGGCGUCAAUAGUCAUGAAGACGUUCGAUGCUGCCUUGGCGUCUCUCAUCAAGUUUCCUGAUGCACUUGCUGCUGACACGGACAUGUUUCCUACCACACUCUGGGCGAAUUCCAACUUGAACUUCAAACGUCUCGACAGUGGCUCCAGAUUUUUGCACUCUGGAUUUGAGCGCACGGCAUUGCUGCAUCCAGAUUGGAUUGCCCUCGACUUCUGGCAUUGCCCAGGAAAGAAAACGACGUGGUCUUUCGAGCAACUCAAUCGAGAGGCGAAUCAGAUUGCACACGCGCUCAUCAGAGCGGGCGCUGGGCCAGAACAAGUCAUACCUAUCCACAUCCCCAAAAGCCCGGUAUACUAUGCUAGCGUACUCGGAGUACUCAAAUCUGGAGCCGCAUUUGCCCCUAUUCAUCCCGACCUGCCGGAAGCGCGCAAGCAGCUAAUGUUCAAAGAUCUGAAACCAAAGAUCGUUCUUUGCGACGAUGAUUCGUUGCUUCCUGAAGAUCCUCCUGGAAUGACCGUCAUCAACGCUCAAUCUCUUUCAAGUGAUGAUGUUUCUAACCCCGUUAUCGAGGACUUGAAAGAUACCAACCUUGCUUACUGCCUUUUCACCUCCGGCUCUACCGGUGUUCCAAAAGCUGUCAGCAUGGAACAUCAUGCUCCAAUACAGACUAUCGAAAGCUCCAGAACGCUCAUACCCUGGAACUCUCAAUCUCGACUCCUUCAAUACGCUGCGAUAACUUUCGACAUGUGCUACUACGACUGCUUUCUUGCCUGGACCUUUGGCUUUACCCUUUGUGCUGCAGAACAGGGUGAUUUACUUAACGAUCUUUCGGGAGGGAUCAACACCCUUAAAGCUGAUCUACUUGACCUCACGCCGUCUGUUGCAGAGACUCUGAAGAGGGUCGAUGUUCCAAAUGUGAAAUGGCUUUACUGCAUUGGUGAAGCCAUGUCGUCAUCAGUUGUUAAGGAGUGGGAGGGCGCAUGUAUCAAUUCAUUUGGCCCGACUGAAGCUGCCUUUUGUACGACCAUGACUCCCGUCUCUAAAGAUGGAAGCACUUCGAUUAUCGGGAACCCCUUUCCAACGACGUCCUUUGCGAUCUUCUCUGAGAACAGCAAAACUCCACUCCCUGUUUUGAGUAUCGGAGAGCUCUAUAUCGGGGGUGUGCAGCUCGCGCGAGGUUAUUGGGGCAGGGCUGACCUCACACACGAUCGUUUCGUGACGCGCUGUGGCCAAAGAUUCUACAAGAGUGGCGAUAUGGUGCGAAUGUUGAGUGACAGCAACUUCGAAUUCAUAGGACGUCUUGACGAUCAGGUAAAGAUCCGUGGACUUCGAGUUGAGCUGGGUGAGAUCAAUAGCGUCCUUGCAGAGCUUGACCCAGGUUUGCUAUCUGUCACGACGCAAAUCCUCCGGAAAGAAGAAUCCUCAAAAGAGCAAUUAGUCACAUUUCUGGUUUUACGACAACCGAUCCACGAAAGGAAUAUACCCACGCUCCAGCAGAAGCUCAAAAAACUAGCAAGUACUCGUCUACCUUCAUAUAUGGUACCUCAAUUCUUCUUGGUAGUAGACGAAAUACCAAAAUCAAUGGCUGGUAAGAUCGAUAAGAAGGCUUUGAAUACUAUCUUUCGACAGUAUUCAGAUCCCAGCUCACUUCCCAAUGGAAUCUCGCAUACCACGGAACACCAGUGGUCCAAAACCGAAAGCGAGGUUCGCAACGUUCUUGCGCGUAUAUCCAAGACUCCAACGGAAAACAUCUCACCAACAACAUCAAUCUACCAGCUGGGUCUCGGCAGCAUUAGCGCAGUUCAAAUCGCAUCUGCUCUUCGUUCUCAAGGAUACACAAUCAAAGCAACAGACGUUCUGAAACAUACCACAUGCAGUGAUCUUGCUGAGCACUUGGGCCAGGCAUCUGCUUCAGAGGCACCUGAGUUUUCACCAUUCGAUUUCCAUGGCUUUGAGAGCAAGUACAGAACACAGAUCUUGAGGGAUCAUGGUAUCGACAACAGGAAUGUUGCCGCUGUCCGACCAUGCACCCCCCUUCAAAAUGGGAUGGUAUCGCAAUUCCUUGCAAAGGAGGGGGCUGUUUAUAUGAACUACCUCAGUUUGCAACUAAAACCGGAGGUUGAUUCAGAGAAGCUCAAAUCAGCGUGGUCAUCUACGAUGGAACGCCAUAGCUUGCUACGUACUGGAUUUGCUCAUGUCAAGGAUCCACUUUUUCCCUUCGCCAUGAUCGAGUAUACUCAGAUUUCUGCAACACUGCCUUGGAGUGCAACACAAAAGCAAAACGAAUAUCAGUCCUCAGAUGCGUGGCUUCAGCAAAUACGGAAUCAGUCACUCAAGGAGUUGUACUUGCCUCCUUGGGCGCUACGAUUCGUUCAAAGUAACGACCAGUCCUUUCUCGACUUGGCCAUUUUCCACGCACUGUUUGAUGCGCAAAGCCUCCAAAGUAUCUUUACUGAUGUUGCAGCCUUUUACAAGGGUCUAAGCCUACCGCCAGUGUCGUCUCUAGACGAAGUUGUGAGUCAUGUCAUUCAAUCUAACAAGCAGGACAACAGCAGCGGAAAAGAGUUUUGGGUUGAACUUGGCAAGACUGCAAAUCCAUCUCGCUUUCCCAACCUAGCGCCUUUGAAAUACGAUCCAGAACCUCCAAUCAUCUAUACCAGGCGAUCUGUAAAAUCGCUUAUCGAUCUGGAAAACGGAUGUCGGCAGGCAAAUACCACGAUGCCAGCCGUGGGCAUAGCGAGCUGGCUAUCGCUACUAUCUUCCUAUACUGGAGAAAGUUCUGUAACCUGUGGUGUUGUACUUUCUGGUCGAAAUUCCGAUGCUACAGCGCAUUCCAACUUCCCGUGCAUCAAUACUGUCCCGUUAGCGUUCACUGUGGCGAAUGAUACGACGAAGAUGCUGGAAUCAAUCACAGUGUUGAAUGCGGGAAUCCAGGAACAUCAAUCCAAACCACUCAAAGAAAUUCAAGCGCUCAUGGGCUUUCCAAAUGGGGCGCUGUUUGAUAGCAUUUUCGCCUAUCAGAAACUGGCAAACGAUACUGAUACCUCCGACCUCUGGACUGUUGUAGACGAAAGAGCCACUAUCGAGUAUCCAGUCUCCAUCGAGCUAGAACCAAAGGGAGGAAGAUUGGAGUACAGACUCACAUACUUUCCCAACAUAAUCCCGAGAGGACAAGCGUCUUUGAUUGUUGCACAACUUGAUCACUUGAUGGAGAGUUUCAUCUUUCACUCCGAAACACCUUUGGCCGAGACAGACUACUCCCAGAAACUAUACUCCAUCACUCCAGCAAAGGAAGACGAAAUACCAUCGGAUGUGAAGCUACUCCACGAGCUGGUAGAGAGGACAGCUAAGGAGUACCCCCAGCGCAUGGCUUUUGAAUUCGUGUGCAACGAGAGCAACGGGAAGCGUUCAGUGAGGCGCUGGACGUAUCACGAAUUGGAUCAAGAAGGCAACAAGAUCGCACAAUUGCUUGCGGCUCACAACGUUAAGCAAAACAGCCUUGUGGGUGUGUGCUUCGAAAAAUGCCCAGAAGCCUCUUUCGCUAUGCUGGGAAUACUCAAGGCGGGGUGCGCUUUUGUUGCCAUUGAUCCGGGAGCACCUGCUGCGCGUCAAACGUUCAUAAUUAAGGAUUCUGAUGCUCAGGCUGUUUUGUCAAUGUCAUCACAGUCGGCUCAAUUUAAGGUGGGUGCUGAGGUGCCGGUCCUCGACCUCGAUGAAGUGGAAUGGCGCUCGCUUUCUGGGCAAAAACUAUUUGAAAAUAGCGCCAUCGACCCACAGGACCGAAGCUACUGUUUGUAUACAUCUGGAACUACCGGUACACCUAAAGGUUGUGAACUGACCCAUGAGAACGCUGUCCAAGCCUUGCUGGCCUUCCAGCGUCUUUUCGCCGGGCACUGGGAUGUCGACUCGCGAUGGCUCCAAUUCGCGUCUUUUCACUUCGACGUUUCCGUGCUCGAACAGUACUGGAGCUGGUCUGUUGGUAUUUGUGUGGUAUCCGCGCCUCGUGACCUCAUCUUCGAAGACCUCGCAAACUCCAUCCGUGAUCUCGACAUCACACACAUUGACCUCACGCCCAGCCUUGCUCAAAUUCUACAUCCCGACGAUGUACCAAGUCUUUGUAAGGGUGUUUUCAUCACCGGUGGUGAAAGUCUAAAGCAAGAGAUUUUGGAUGUUUGGGGUCCUAAAGGCGUCAUCUACAAUGGAUACGGGCCGACCGAGGCCACGAUAGGGUGUACCAUGUACCCACGCGUUCCAGCGAACGGGAAACCCUCGAAUAUUGGCCCACAGUUCGACAAUGUUGGGUCACUGGUCCUCCGUCCGGGCUCUGACAUUCCAGUCUUAAGAGGUGGUAUCGGUGAACUUUGCGUCUCGGGAAAACUCGUUGGAAAAGGCUAUCUCAACCGUCCAGAUUUGACUGCAGAGCGCUUCCCUUCUCUCAGCCGCUUUUCCCAACGCGUAUAUCGGACGGGAGAUAUCGUUAGGAUCCUCCAUGACGGUACAUUCUACUUUUUGGGUCGCGCCGAUGACCAAGUCAAGUUGCGUGGCCAACGUUUGGAAGUCGCUGAGAUCAAUUCCGUUAUUAAACAGUCUGACAGCGACAUUUCGGAUGUCGCAACGCUUGUUCUGAAGCAUCCAAUGCAACAAAAAGAGCAACUUGUUUCCUUUAUUGUAUGCGGUAAAACUCUGAAAGCUCAACCAGAAGUCUUGCUUGGCGAGAUUAGAGGAACAGCAAGCGCGAAGCAGGCUUGCAACGACAAGCUUCCGCCUUACAUGAUACCUACGCACUUCGUCCCACUUACUUCCAUGCCACUCAAUGUCAACAACAAGGCAGAUGGUAAGGCACUUAAGAAGAUGUACGAGGCCCUUUCUUCUAGCGACCUUCAAAAGCUGUCUGCCGCUUCCUUCUCGGAAGAUGAACAAUGGUCGAAACAAGAGGAGAAACUCCGGGAUGUCAUGCUUGAAGCCCUUGGUGCGAAUCAUGAGAGCAUGUCCAAAAAUACAAGCUUUUUUGAAUUAGGCAUGGACUCUAUCUCCGUGAUAGGCGUCACACAAUCUUUGAAACAGGCUGGUUUCACGAAAGCCACUACCUCAAUGAUACUACAAUGUCCCACAAUUCGGCGGCUUGCAAAGUCUUUGUCAACCAAUAGUGCUACGAGCAACAGACAUGGAUCGAUUCUCGCAGCCCGGCAGUCUAUCAAUGCUGUAAAUCAUCGUCAUCGACGCAAAGUGGCUAACCGCUUGUCUGUCGAACCCAGCAAGAUCGAAGCUCUUGCACCAUGUACACCUCUACAGCAGGGCAUGAUUGCAAGAUCAAUGGAAAACGACGCCGGGCUUUACUUCAAUACCUUCCGGUUCAAAUUGAACAUGGAAGUUGACGAAGAGAAGCUGCAGAAUGCAUGGGCAACAAUGUAUAACUCGACCCAAAUACUACGUACAGUAUUCGUAAAUACCGAAGAAGGGUAUUUGCAAGCUGUUCUUGGCGGCAUUCCUUUCAACGGGUUUAUCCAAACGUCGGCUGAAGAUGAUGACCUCGUUGAUCACAUGGCUCAGUUACGGAAGGAUUGGCUCGGCCUUAAUGACGUUGAGUUUCGACAGCCGUUCCAGGUGCAUCUUAUUUCGACGCAGAAGCAAAAGUUACUCAUUGUGCACAUAUUUCAUGGCCUCUACGACGGAAACAGCAUCGGUCUCCUCCUGCAAGGUGUAUGGAAUUCGUACAACGGACAGGACUCGAUGUCGGAUGCGCCAUCGUUCCACACUGCUCUUGCCCACGGUCCACUGAAAAUGCCCGACAACGCGAAAAGUUUCUGGAAGGAUCAGAUACUAGCCAGGACUUCAUCUCUCCCCACGGUACUCGACAAUUCAGGUCAAGACGCUGUUGUUAUCUCGCGUAAAUCACAUGCAUCGGCCAACUUCGACCUCAUCCGACGACGGCUUAAUGUCACGGCGCAAGCUGUUGUACAAGCUUGUUGGCUCAGCGUGCUUCACAGACAUGUAAAAGGAAAUGUGGCAACCGGCAUAAUCGUAUCCGGUCGUAGCAUUGAACUUGAAGGCGCGGAUCGGGUUAUAGGGCCUAUGUUCAACACAAUUCCCUAUCACCAGCGGACUCAACGCAGCGAGCCCUGGUCAUCAAUCAUCAAGAGGGUACACAAUUUCAAUGUCGAAGCUUACCCGUUUCAACAUACACCACUGAGAGAUAUCAUGAAGUGGUGCAAGCGGUCUCCAAAUAACCCUCUAUUUGACAAUCUCUUUGUGUAUCAAGGUGCACAAGACAAUGAGGAGUGGGCAAGAAACGACGUUUGGCAACUCUUGGACGAUGCUGCCAUUGCUGAUUAUCCGUUGGCUUUUGAGGUCGAGCAUCGGGGUGGCAACGAGUUGAAGUUGACACUGGUUGCACAGGGGCAUGUCGCAAAUGCCCAGAUCGCAGCUGAGUUACUGGACAUGUUUGAAGAAGCGCUGAACCAAGCCAUCAAUGACCCAUCGGCUGUUCUCGAGCUGCCAGUUGAUGUGAGUGAUACGGUUGAGAACCCCACCGCUGUUCAAUCUGACCCAAGUCACAACAAUAAUAUCUCGGACUUUGAAUGGAGUGACAACGCCAUCGCAAUCAGAGAAGAGAUUGCCCAUUUGACCGCAAACGAGAUGGAAAGCAUCAAUGAAACAACUUCGAUCUUCGAGCUUGGUCUUGAUAGUAUCGAUGCGAUCAAGCUUUCGUCAAAGCUCAAGAAACGAGGAAUGGGACUCUCAGUCAGCGGCAUCAUGCGCGGGUUGACUAUUGAGAAGAUGGUACAAAGUGUGUCGAUGAAGAACACUCGGACUGGAGAAGCAGCUUCUCGUUUUGAUUUGGAUACUCGCAAAACGAAGCUAGCAAAGUGUCUCGGCCACCAAGCAUUCAACACCAACGAUAUCGAGGAAGUACUACCUCUAACACCGCUCCAGGAAGCCAUGGUUGCCGAGAUGAUUACAUCCGAGUACACAAGGUACUACAACCAUGAUGUGCUAAUGCUUAGUGGAGACACAGAUACAAGCAAGCUCCAAAAAGCCUGGGCAACAGUCAUCAUGGGUUCACCAAUAUUACGUACUGGUUUCGUUGAGGUGUACGAUCCGGACAUCGAUCUCUCGUUCGCGCAGGUCGUCCACCGUCAAUCACAUGACCUUUACUCACACAUGAGUUUUGACAGCACACCAGACUUUACAUCUAUCUUCAAGGACCUCCGAAACGACGUGAUUCAAAAACCACUUUCAUCGCCAGCUUUUCACCUUACAUUCAUCGACACCCCCGGUCAAUCGUAUCUCGUGCUAUCGAUUGCGCAUGCACUGUAUGAUGGAUGGUCUCUGGGCUUGUUGCAUUCUGAUGUGCACCGAGCCUACCAGCAUGAAUUUGAAGCUCGGCCACCCUACCAGCCGUCUUUAUCAGAGAUGAUCAAAACCUCAGGACCCGAUGCCGCAGGCUUCUGGCAAGACUACCUCUCCGGCGCUAUCGGCACCACUUUCCCGCAUCGAACACCAGGACCCGAUGACAAGAGCAACAUCGUUCAUCGCCAUCAAGAAAACAGUAAAAUCCCCCUGGAAAGCAUCCAUUUGUUUGCAAGGAACAAUAAUGUUUCGCUUCAGACUGUGGGACAAACAGUCUUUGCUCUCGUCAGUGCAUCUUUUACCCGCUCUCUUGAUGUGACUUUUGGCUCUGUGCUUUCCGGACGCGAUGAUGAAGAAACAUCCCAGCUUAUGUUUCCGACUAUGAAUACAGUAGCUAUACGAACCAUUCUUCACGGAACAAGUGUCGAAUUGCUGCGAUAUGUUCAAGACAACUUUGCGAAUAUCAAACGGUGGCAACAUUACUCACUUCGAAAGGCUAUGUCGCAGGCUAGGGUGGAUGGUAGAUUGUGUGAUAGCCUGUUCAUUUAUCAAAAGAGCUUGGAGCAAGAGCAGGAUAAGGAUGAGAAGCUGUAUACCAGUGUUGAGGGUCAAAGCGAUGUCGAGUAUGCGGUGUGUGUUGAGAUGGAGGUGGCGAACGACACUUUGUUAUGGCGUUGCGCGGUCAAAGAUGGUGUUUUUGAUUUGGAAGGAACAAAGCAGUUGCUGAAGAGGAUGGACGAUGUGCUGAGACACUUGAUGGAGCGAGCAGAUGCACCGGUGAUUGAGAUGACUGCAGAAGGAACGUCAGUCUGCGGUCUGCCAGCUUUCGAAGAGGCUGAGAUUCAGACUGAAAGCGGUCAUGUGGAAUCUGGAGAAGACGGCGGACAGGAUGCACCAAGCACGGAAACAGCUAGCAGGAUCCGCAAAAUAUUGGCUGCAGUUUCGAAGACACCUGAGGAGGAGAUGACUAGCGGCAUGACUAUAUUCCACAUGGGAUUGGACUCCAUCAGCGCAAUCAAAGUAUCAUCGCUUCUUCGCAAACAGGGGAUUGUCCUCAGCGUUGGAGAGAUGCUGCAAGCUGGUUCGGUGGAGAAGAUGGCCAGGCUUGUCGAUGCUCGUGCUUCGGAACCCCUCAAAGAUAACACAGACAAUUCAGCGAGUCUUGAUGAAGUACUCAAAGACUUGAACUAUGCGGAGGUUUCCAAGCGAGCCGGCGUUGAUGCGGACAAUGUCGUCAAGGUUUUCCCAGUCACUGCUGGUCAGCUUUACAUGCUGUCAAUGUGGCUCAAUACCAACGGCAGCAAUUUCUACCCAGAGUUCACCUACAAGCUCGAGGGUGAUGUGGUUUUUGAAGAUCUGCAAAAGGCAUGGCAGGCUUUGGUGGUGGCGAAUCCAAUACUCAGGACAUGCUUGGUCUCAGUUGGCGAUCACCGGGUACCCUACGUUCAGCUUGUGUUGAGAGAUGUUGAUAGCGCCAUCACAGAUGUCACUGGAUGCGGGGAAGAUGAGAUACGCGAACGCGUUCAACAUGCUAUAACUCAACAGCCAUGGGCAAGGUUGUUGGUUUCCCAGAACUCCUGCGGCUGGACUUUGCAACUCAGAAUACACCACACACUCUACGACGGCAUCAGUCUCCCAUUGCUCAUGCAACAACUCGAAGACCUCUGCAACGGCAGUGCCCCUGCUCUCUCUCAAAAUGAUAUCCUAGCCGACUUCGUCUCCAGCACAUCCUCGCUCUCUUAUUCCCUACAGCGCCGCCAAUUCUGGGAAACCCAUCUCUCCAACGCAAACCCAUCCCAACUAAAACAGCCCUCCCACACACCCACCACCCGCCUAGAAAUCUUCCGCCCAUCCCUAACUCCGACCCAAACCCUCGACACCACCGCCCGCCACCACGGCAUCUCCCCGCACGCCCUCUUCCUCGCCAUUUACGCAAAACUCCACUCCUGCCUCAACCACAACACCACCACCACCACCACCGACGACAUAGUCCUAGGCGUCUAUCUCGCCAACCGCUCUUUAUCAUGCACGUCUGACCUCCCCACCGCCGCAAUUCCAACCCUCAACCUCGUCCCUUUGCGAGUCUCAAGCCUGCAAACCCGCAGCGUAGUAGAGUCAGCAAAGGAAAUCCAGGCGCAUUUCCGCAAUCUUAGUGAUACUAGCGUCGCGACUACGAGUCUCGUCGAGAUUGAGGAGUGGACUGGUGUCAAAAUUGAUGUUUUUGUCAAUUUCCUGGUCGAUCUAGACGACGCGAGGAGUUCCCCGAAACACGGACAUGGUCAAGGUGUGCGCAUUCAAUCUGUGGAGAGAGAAGAAUAUCAGACAGGAUUUUCUCGCAUAUCACCCGUUACCCACGAGCAACAUGGUUUGGACAUCAAAGAGUUGAGAAAUGAACGUGUGAAUGGCGUGUUUUUGCACGCCAUCGAUGUUGAAGCGACGGUGCGAGAGGGAUAUUUGGAUGUGGGUAUUUUUGCACCAGGAGAAAUGAUUAGUUUGGAGCAAGGAGAGGAAUUGGUGGAGGGGCUGAAGAGUGAGGUUGAAGGGUUGUCAUAG